UCUUUUGUUUCCACAUAGCAUAGUGCUUAUCUGGUGUAUGAACCAGGGAGAGGUGAUACAAACUGCUUCAACAUGGACGAGGCGAUCAAGAAGCAGGGCAUGCUGUAUUUGCAGCAGCAGAGGUUUGGGAAGAAAUGGAAAAAAAUGUGGUCGAUUGUUUAUGGAGAAAGCACCUGCUCCAUUUCUCGCAUGGAGUUCUUUGAGUUUGACAAGAGCCUUCGCAAACAGGAGAAUAAGAAAGUGAUCAAACUGAGCGACUGCAUCCGUGUGACGGAUGUAAAGAUGGAUGGGUGCCCAAAAGAAGCCACCCCUUUUCUUGUGGAAACAACAGAGAAACUGUUUGUGUUUGCAGCUGAGAGCUCCGAGGUUGAUGAAUGGACACAGACUCUCUGUGAAGCAGCUUUUCCAAUGAACUGGACUGAGCAGUCUUUGGCUUGCAAGAGAGGCAGUCUGCAGGGGUCACUUAAGAGACAGCCUGCUGUGGCUAUGGAGGAAAACUCCCUCUACAACACUAGAGGAAGCGCAAAGGAGUUCGUAGUGUCUGUACGAAAGACUGAUGCAACAGAAAGAUGCCGACUACGUGGGACAUACAUCCUGAAAGCAGAAGAUGACAGCCUGGUUCUCAGAGACAAGAAAUCAGGAGAAGCCACGUUCAUGUGGCCCUACAGGUUUUUAAGGAGAUUUGGACGGGACAAGGUGACGUUCUCCUUUGAAGCAGGGCGCAGGUGCGCUUCUGGAGAAGGCAACUUUGAAUUUGAAACCAAACAGGGGAACAGCAUUUUCCAAGCCAUCGAAUCCGCCAUCAAUGUGCACAAAACGACCAUCACAGAUCCCAACUGGCACUGUGCUUCAUCCGAAGGAGACCUCCCACCACCCCCUAGGCCUCCUCCUGUGGGGGACAGUGGCUUCUACAGCACAGUAGGCCAGCCAAUGUUUGAAUCUCAGAUUUGUAGCAGAGCCAGGGCAGGUGAAAUGUCAAGUGAGACCUUGCCUUCAGGAGUGAAGAGCUUAACUCUUGACCCCAAACCAAGGAAAGCACCAGUCAAGAACAUUCCGAGCCUGCCGUUGUCUUUGGACCUGGCCUAUUCCCAGUUUAUCAGGACAGUGCCGGACCAACCAAAAGACAAAGCAGCUGAGAAAAAACACACAGAUCUGGAAAACCCAGAUUGCGAAUAUGCUGUCCCUUUUGACACCAUUGCCAAGAAUCUGAUGACCUCUGGCUUUGGCGCAUUUUCCAUGCCCAGCCUAGACCAAGCCUCUUUUGAAAAAGAGGAGCCAUCCAUUUCAACACACAUCCAAGCUGCUGAUCCACUGUACGACUCUAUAGAUGAAAGAGCAGUGCAGUCGAGGCGGAAGGGCUCAACUUAUAAGGUGGAUCACAUCUAUGACGAGCCAGAAGGGUGUGCAAUGGCAGCAUCUGCAACCUCCCUGUACGAUGACCCUGAGGAGGUACGAGGCCAUGCUUGGAAACUCCAGGGUACUGCAGAUCCAUUUGGCCAUGAAUACCCCUAUAACCCACACAUUGAUGACUAUGCAGUUCCUAAGCCGCCCAAGAAGGCUUUUUAUGAGGAUGAAUACUGUGAAGAUGGCAACAUGAGGGAGGAUGAGAGUCUAGACACCACAUACGAUAAUGUCAUGGUGAAGCUUAUGGCCAAGAAAAGCACGGAGUGAUAUCACUAUCUGUAUAUUGUGGGAAGCCUCUAUUCCGACCAUCGAAAGGACAGAGUAAAACCGCUCAAAUGCCAUCAACUUUUUAAUGUGAAAACAAAAGCUUUGAAGCUCAAAAUAAGUUAUUUUUUUGAAAGGCAACUAUUUGUUGUACACAGGCUGCUUCUUUAUAUCAUGUGUAUAAGCCAGUUAUUUGAUUCCCAAAACAAUAUCUGUCUGAAAGUUAUAUGUAUACAUGUAAUACACAACCUCACAGGAAGCACAAACAUUUAUUGGUGUUUUACCACAAAAAAAAUAGCCAGAUUUAAAGAGUCUGAUAAGGAAAGUGCAGUAUGCAUCUUAGUUAUAGCAUAUAAACUGCCAGUGCAUGGGCAUUACAACCUACAUAGUUACAACCUAGUAUUACUAUGGAGCGGGCAAUUUGCCUGCAAGUUGCCCACAAUGGAAAAUAUAAUAUAUACAAGGAUAUAAGGCAAUAUCUUGGCCACAGAAAAUAAUGUACCAUAACAUGUAGUCUCUAAAAUAGAAAUCAGUGAAAGACUACGUGACCAAACGUUUGUCUAAAUUCAUUAUUAUUUUCAGUUCUACUGUUUAAUGUAAUUGUCCUGCUGGGGUAUAAUAAUGACAGCACAGUAAAAAGUUGUUUUAACAUUUAAACUGUAUAUAACUAUUGAAAAUAGAUGAAAAUGGAAAUAAUUUAACAAUAAAAAAGUAGCAUGCUA